AUGGAAAAAUCUGCAUCAGGUAUCGACUUGCUAAAGACCCUGGACAGAGUUUUGAUACGAGAGAAAUCUAGUUGCAACGACAACACAAAGUACGUCGUCCUCACUGCUGAUGGGUCGGUGAUGCUGUACGCAAAAGAAGAGUCAGAUUUUAUCGACAGAAUGCUGGGGAAGAGCAGGACAUUGGAGUUGAAUGUGUUUGAUAGCAAUGAUAAAGAGGUGAUGAAAUUCCGUCGUCCCUACACGAUCGGUACAGACAAGAUGGACGUCUCGCUGAGUGGGCAGGCUGCAGCCAUAGUGCGGAAAGAGGUCACAUUCUUCAAACCGGUGCUCUCUAUCAACGAUGUGGAUGAUCACCCCGUGAUUAGGGUGAAAGGGCCUACGUUCAUCACUUCCGAGUGUAAUUUUGCGCUCUACUCCAUUAGCAAGGAGCCAAUGGGCGACAUCAACAAGCGAUGGAGCGGCAGCCCGGGGUGGACCGCCGACAAGACCACCUUCGCAGUCCGCUUCCCUGUCGACCUCGAUGUACGUUACAAAGCGGCCAUUAUUGGCACUUGCUUUCUCAUUGACUUCCUAUUCUAUGAUAAU